GAACUGAAGUGUUCAGGUGACAAGCAAAACGUCUCUUAAACAUAAUGAAUACAUUUUCUGUUGGUGCUUUAUUUUUCUGCCUUCUCUUGGUUGAAAUAAGCAGUACACCAAAUAACCGUACACCAAAUAACCCACCCGCCAAACCAGCACCCGCCAAACCAGCACCCGCCAAACCAGCACCCGCCAAACCAGUUUUAGUUAUGUGGAUAACUCACCCGCCUCAGGAAUCCGAAUCAUUUUUCAAACGUAUGUGGAAUAAAGUUACAUCCUAUUUUAAAUCAUCUGAAAGCUCAAGUGAAGGCAAAGGAAAUCAAACCGGAGUUCACAAGGAAGAGACCACAAACAGCAGUCUUUCCUUUAAAGACAGAAUGAUUAAUAAAUUUAACAGCUGGUUUGGAGUAGAAGAAUACAACCCACCCAAAGAUAGCGAAUUCACUGACCGAUUGUGGUUAUUAUUCAAACACUGUUUCUUGAAUCUGAAAAAUUUGGGAAAAAUAAUAUCCAUAUAAUAACGGCAGCUGAUAACACUAUUUUAACCAGAAUAUAAGUUCAAAAUGAAAAAAAACAGAUUAAUAGCUUUUGAUGAGGAGUAAUUUUUCUUAAUUUAGUUUUGGUUAUUUUGAAAAUAUACUACUUCGUGAAAAA